AUGAGUCUUGUUGCUGAAGGCCAUUUCAGAGGCAUGAAGGAGCUUCUCUCCACCAUGGACCUCGAUACUGACGCCAACACAGUAUCCGAGCUCAAGGAAAGAACUCAUAUGCUUUGUGCAAGAUUCCUUGGUGGAGCAUGGAAGACGGUACCACUGGAACAUUUGAGAAUCAGCCGCAUCAAAGGAGGAAUGAGCAACAUGCUUUUCCUUUGUCGUCUUUCGGAAGUUCAUCCACCAAUUCGCAAUGAGCCGAACAAGGUGUUGCUUCGCGUGUAUUUUAAUCCAGAAACCGAGAGUCAUCUUGUUGCCGAAUCGGUCAUUUUCACAUUGCUUUCCGAGAGACAUCUUGGUCCAAAGUUGUAUGGUAUCUUCAGCGGUGGCCGACUCGAGGAAUACAUUCCGUCACGACCAUUGUCCUGCCGUGAAAUUGCUCUUCCUCACAUGUCGGCGAAAAUUGCUAAGCGUGUGGCAAAGGUUCAUCAGUUGGAAGUUCCAAUUUGGAAGGAGCCUGAUUAUCUGUGCGAUGCUCUUCAGCGUUGGCACAGACAACUCACGGGUACCGUGAAUGGUGAACACAACUUUACUCUUCCUGAUGGCGGAGAAAACAAUGUUCCGAUAAGUGUCACUUGCAACGACCUUGCAAGAGAGCUAGAAUUCUUGAGAGAUCACAUAUCCAAAAGCAAGAGCCCCGUGACCUUCUGUCAUAAUGAUUUGCAAGAAGGCAAUAUUCUCCUUCCAAAGGCAUCUUCUGGAAACAUCAGAAUGCCUUCGGUGACCGAUGAAACAGCGAAUUUGGGAAACAGCUUGGCUGCUUUCAAUCCAGCAGAUCCGAGAUUGGUGUUGAUCGACUUCGAAUACGCCAGCUAUAAUUAUAGGGCUUUCGAUUUUGCCAAUCAUUUCAUUGAGUAUACUAUCGACUAUGAUGUUCAUGAGUCGCCAUUUUACACCAUCGAGCCAAAUCAUUUUCCAUCACGUGAAAUGAUGCAAGAAUUCUUUGUAAGCUAUCUACGUGAGCAAGGGGGUCAUAGAGAAUGCGACUUAUAUCAAAAAGCAGAGAGUUUAGUUGAAGAAACCCUUCCAUUCGUUCCAGUUUCUCAUUUCUUCUGGGGAGUUUGGGGACUUCUCCAAGUCGAACUUUCACCGGUUGGAUUUGGGUUUGCCGAGUAUGGAAGAGACCGUCUCUCGAUGUAUUUCAAGACCCGGCACUAUUUAGAAAAACUGGCCGAUUAG